GAAUAACAAAUUAACAAAAUGGCAAAUUUAUUUUUACGAAAUUCACAAAAAUUAUUAGAAAAUUGUAUAAAAUUAACAUCGACGCGUAGUGCUUCCACAAAAGUAUCGUUUAACUAUCAAGAUCCAUUUAAUUUAGAAUCACAAUUAACCGACGAAGAGAAAAUUAUACGCGAUUCGGUACGAACAUAUUGUCAGGAGAAAUUAUAUCCAAGAGUAUUAUUAGCACAUCGUAAUGAAGUAUUCGAUAAUAAAUUAAUACCGGAAUUAGGUGAAUUAGGUGCACUGGGAUGUACAAUCAAAGGGUAUGGAUGUUCAGGUGUUUCUUCGGUGGCGUAUGGUUUAAUUGCACAUGAAAUUGAGAGGAUUGAUAGCAGUUAUCGAUCUACGUAUAGUGUACAAUCGUCAUUGGUUAUGGGUGGUAUACAUGAUUUUGGAUCAAAUGAACAAAAAGAGAAAUUUUUACCUUUACUUGGAAAAGGUAAACUUGUGGGCGCCUAUGGAUUAACAGAACCAAAUCAUGGUAGUGACGCAGGUGGAAUGGAAACACGAGCAAAAUAUUCCCCAGAUAAAAAAACCUACAUACUAAACGGUAGUAAAACAUGGAUAAGUCAUGCUCCCGUAGCCGAUGUCUUCCUAAUUUGGGCGAAAUGUGAAGAUGAUAAAGUACGUGGUUUUCUAGUCGAACGUAACAAACAUAAAGGCACCUUAAAUACACCAAAAAUUGAAGGAAAAUUUUCGUUACGUGCCUCAUGUACCGGUAUGAUACAAAUGGAUAAUGUUGAAAUACCUGAAGAAAAUUUAUUACCCAAUGUAGUGGGAAUGCGAGGACCGUUUUCAUGUUUAAACAAUGCACGAUUUGGUAUUGCAUGGGGUACAAUGGGAGCGGCUACAAGUUGUUUAGAAAUUGCACGACAAUAUGCUUUGGAUCGAUAUCAAUUUAAAAAACCGCUUGCAUCGUAUCAAUUAAUACAAAAGAAAUUAGCUGAUAUGUGUAGUGAAAUUGCGUUGGGAUUGAAUGCUUGCUUGACCGUGAGUCGAUUGAAAGAUAAAGAUAUGGUCGCACCGGAGAUGAUAUCAAUUUUGAAACGGAAUAAUGCUGGCAAAGCGUUAGAUAUUGCACGUACUGCUCGUGAUAUGUUAGGUGGUAAUGGAAUUUCCGAUGAGUAUCAUGUUAUUCGACAUGUUCUGAACUUAGAAGCUGUUAACACGUAUGAAGGAACACAUGAUAUUCAUGCUUUAAUUUUAGGUAAAGCUAUUACUGGUAUUCCUGCAUUUACAGGUUGAUUAAUUAAGAUUUUUUUGUUAAUUUUUGUAAAU